AUGAACACAAAACAUACCAAAGGUCAUGAAACUGUGAUUGACAUAAAGCAUAAGCCUGUGAGUUUCACUGGUGGACUUGAGUUUGAGUCUCUUACUUAUACGGUCGUAAAGAAGAAGAGAAUUGAUGGAAAGUUUUCGAACGAAGAUGUGGAUUUGUUGCAUGAUAUAACUGGUUAUGCACCAAAGGGUUGUAUCACUGCUGUAAUGGGACCAAGUGGUGCUGGAAAAUCAACCUUGUUGGAUGGACUUGCUGGUAGGAUUGCAAGUGGGAGUCUUAAAGGGAAAGUUUCAUUGGAUGGGAAUAGUGUGAAUGCGAGUUUGAUUAAGAGAACUUCUGCUUAUAUUAUGCAAGAAGAUAGGCUUUUUCCUAUGCUUACUGUCUAUGAAACUUUGAUGUUUGCUGCUGAUUUCAGAUUGGGGCCAUUGUCAGUUGCUGAUAAGAGGCAGAGAGUUGAGAAGCUUAUUGAACAACUUGGCUUAUCAUCAUCUAGGAACACCUACAUAGGAGAUGAAGGAACAAGAGGAGUCUCAGGCGGAGAGCGUCGCAGAGUCUCAAUAGGGGUAGACAUAAUCCACGGACCUUCACUCCUUUUCCUAGAUGAACCAACUUCAGGACUAGACUCAACAAGUGCUCUCAGUGUGAUUGAAAAAGUACAUGACAUAGCAAGAAAUGGCAGCACAGUUAUUCUCACAAUCCACCAACCUUCAUCAAGAAUCCAAUCACUCCUUGACCAUCUCAUCAUCCUUGCAAGAGGACAACUCAUGUUUCAAGGAUCAUUCAAAGAUGUAACUCUCCAUUUGAACCGAAUGGGCCGAAAAGUUCCCAAAGGAGAGAAUCCAAUUGAGAAUCUCAUUGAUGUGAUACAAGAGUAUGAUCAGUGUGAUGUUGUUGGUGUUGAGGUGCUAGCUGAGUUUGCACGUACCGGAAUGAAACCACCCCUUUUAAGUGAUAUGGAGGAAAUAAUUUCAAUCACUAACUCUGUCGCGCCUUCGCCUUCUGUGCAUAGAGGCUCUAGAAAUGAUGAAAAAUCUCAAGACUUCUCUUAUUCAUCACAAAUUAGUAGAAGGAGUUUGAAUGAUGAGUUUGAUCAUAGUCUUAGAAGUCCUUAUAAUAACACACCUAUGUCUUGGAGUGCAAGUAAUAGUGCAGCUUUCUUCAAAUUCACACCCUCAAGACUUAAAAAUGAGAACAAGGUUCAGAAGCCUUCAAGCCAUGCUUCCCCUUCCCAGGGCUACUACACAUACUCAAGUGAAAUCCUUCCAGCUACUCCAACACCACAUAGCAGUGACUACACAGUGAAUGAAAAUGACUACCUCACACCGACAAAUGGCUCGCCAGAACAUCUAGGCCCAAAGUUUGCAAAUUCCUACAUAGGAGAGACAUGGAUCCUAAUGCGCCGCAACUUCAUAAACAUUCGGCGCACCCCUGAGCUUUUCCUAUCAAGACUAAUGGUCCUCACCUUCAUGGGAUUCAUGAUGGCCACAAUGUUCCACAAUCCAAAAGAAACCUUACAAGGAAUCACAAACCGUCUCAGUUUCUUCAUCUUCACAGUUUGUCUCUUUUUCUUCUCUUCCAACGACGCCGUCCCAGCAUUCAUCCAAGAGAGGUUCAUUUUCAUCCGUGAAACUUCGCACAAUGCCUAUAGAGCUUCUUCCUACACCAUAGCUAGCUUAAUCACUCACAUGCCGUUUCUUGCGCUCCAAGCUUUAGCUUACGCAGGCAUUGUUUGGUUUGCUUUACAACUCAGAGGCCCUUUUAUAUACUUCUUCCUCGUUCUCUUCAUUUCUCUCCUUUCAACAAACUCAUUUGUCGUGUUUGUGAGUUCGGUUGUUCCAAACUAUAUCUUGGGCUAUGCUGCAGUCAUUGCCUUCACCGCAUUAUUCUUCUUGUUCUGUGGAUAUUUCUUGAGCAGCGAGGAUAUUCCACUUUAUUGGCGUUGGAUGAACAAGAUUUCGACUAUGACGUACCCUUACGAAGGACUCUUGAUGAAUCAAUAUCAAACUAAUGAUACUUUUGGAACAAAUGAUGGAGUACCUGUUACUGGUUUUGAUAUAUUGAAUAGUCUUCAUAUUGGUACUGAAGAGUUUAAGAAGAGGAAUAAUGUGCUUAUAAUGUUAGGUUGGGCUGUGUUAUAUAGGAUUUUAUUUUACAUUAUUCUUCGUUUUGCAUCGAAAAAUCAAAGGUCCUAG